GAGGCGUACUCCAUAGCUCGUCAGUUUAACCUGGUUCCUCCGGUGUGUGAACAGGCUGAGUAUCAUUACUUCCAGAGAGACAAGGUGGAGCUGCACCUGCCGGAGCUCUACCACAAGAUAGGGGUCGGAGCCAUGACCUGGUCUCCGUUAGCCUGCGGUCUGCUGACAGGGAAGUACAACGAGGGGGUCCCCGAGAGCUCCAGGGCCGCCAUGAAGGGUUAUUCGUGGCUGAAGGAGCGUCUCUGCAGCGACGAGGGGAAGAAGCAGCUCAGUAAAAUCAAAGAGCUCCACCUGCUGGCCGACAGACUGAACUGCACUCCUGCUCAGCUCGCUAUAGCCUGGUGUCUCCGCAGUGAAGGCGUCAGCUCGGUUCUUCUCGGAGUCUCCAACACAGAACAGCUGCUGGAGAACCUCGGCUCCCUCAGGGUUCUGUCUCAGCUGACUCCGCCCCUCAUCGCAGAGAUGGACGCGUUGCUCGGCAACAAGCCGCGAGGCACCAAGAAGGAGGCGCGGAGCUGAGGAGGAGG